AUUACUGAUUAGAUCAGGUAAAUGUAAGAUUCUUUCCUGAAGCAAUAUAAAACACACGAGAGAUGGCGAAGAAUUCCGAAGAGCUCGCGAUGCACUACCGAGAACUGACGAAAGCCCGUCCGGUUAGCGGAGAUCCUCAGAAGGUCGUAGAGAGGUACGACGAAUUGGCGGCAACAUAUGACGAGCAUUCAAAGUUCGUCGGUUAUUCGGCGCCAGCCGGAGCUUGCCGAAGAGUAUGCGAAGUAGUGACGAGCAAGGACUCUUUAAUUCUAGAUGUCGGGUGCGGCACUGGAAUGCUUGGUGAAUUGCUUAACAAGGAAGGUUAUAGCAACCUCUACGGCCUGGACCCAUCGGAAAGGUCGUGUGACGUAGCAAGGUCAAAGGGUUGCUAUGCGACCGUCAUUCAGGGCGUGGCAAGACCAGAUUCCCCUCUAAGUUUUAACGAUGGCCAUUUUGACGCACUAGUAAGCAGUGGAACAUUUCAACCAGGUCAUUGUGAUCAAAACGAUAUCCCUGAACUGAUACGUCUUUUAAGACCAAGUGGAUUCAUGGUGAUAUCGACCCGGAAGGCGUCCCUGAACGAGACAGACAGCUACCGGGUCAAGAGCACGCUGAAACAUUACGUGGACACCGGAGUCCUGCAAGAAUUUUCCUACCAGGAAUUCGACGAUUACUUUGGAUUUGCUACCGAGGAUGUGACAGGAAUAGUCCUCACUUACAAAAAGAAGUAGUUCGAACCAUAUCGAAUGAACUUCAGUAACCAUGGUAACCAUGACAAGUCACUUUUAGCGCACCUAUUUUUUUAUUAUUAUAAUUAAUAAGGUCCGUUCGGCAGUAUUUUAAGGGAAGAGCAAUAAAUCGACGUUUA